AUGCCGUGGUUGGUGCGGCGACCGGCCGGGCCCCGGCCACCGUCACCCGCGCGGCCGGUGCUCGCCCUGGCGCUGGCACUGACGCUGCUGCUGCUGCUGUUGCCGGCACAUGGCAGCGCGCCGGCCGGUCUCUUUCUCCUGGAAGCGCCGCGCCUGCUGGGGAAGUCCCCCUCCGGCGGGCAGGCGCUCCUGCUGCCAGGCGAGCCGAUGGUCCACCAUUCCGCGCCCGGGGACCAGGUCAACAUCUUUAAGCAGGGCAUCAACCUUGAUCUCUUCUCGGACGCGCGUCUGGGGUCGGUCUUCUUCCCGGAUCCCGACCUCAUCCUGCGCUUUGCCGGGGUUCCGGACAGCCUGACCAGCGAGCCGAUGCUGGUCCCCAUGCCGGGCGAGCUGCCGAGCCUGGUCUGGCUGUCUGGAAGCCGGGUGGGUGUCUCGACCGAGGACCUGGUGCACACCUUCGACCUGCCGGCCGGCGGCCCGGCGCGCCUGCUGGCGGCCGUGUCCCGCUCUGCCAGCGACACGUCAAUCCUCCUGGGCCUGGGCACCGGUAAAACCCUUGUCCUGCGCUGUUACGCGUCCGCCUGGUCGCUCAUUGAGAUCCCCACCGGCGCCAAUGGCGGCACGGCCGGCCUGCCGGGGCACCUGUACGUGGCCGCCUCCAUGUCCGGGUGGGUGUGGGCACCGGAGGGCGGCCCGAUGAGGGGCUUCCCGGUCGACGACGAGCCGGUCCUCCGGGUGGCCGCCACGCGCUUCAUCACCGACGACCCGGAUUCCCUGGACCUGGUCAUCGUGACGGACCAGCGCCUGCGGGUUUUGGUCGGCCUAAAGGACAACCACCAGCCCGCCCGCGUGCUGGAUGCCCCGCUGUCGGCCGAGCAGAGGGACCUCUCCACCGAGCUGGUGCCCGAGCUGGCGCCCGGUGCCUCGCCAUCGGGCUUCCUCUAUCUCCUCAGCAAUGGGACCACCCUGUGGCGGGUGUCGGCCCUGCCGGACAAUGCGCUGGCCUGGCAGCGGGUCAGCACCCCGUCGGGCUUCUUCGCCGCCCCCAGCCGGGUCAGCCUCAUGAGCAUGGACCUGGGCGCCGCCCCGGCCGGGCCGGCCGAGCGCUGGGUCUUGGUCCGGGAUGGCAGGGCCUUCUUCACCAACGAGCAGUUCGGCUGCGGGGUGGACGCGUCGAUUGUGUGCGAUGCCGCUGCCCAUGCGUGGCGCUGUGCGCCCGGCAGGCGCCUUUCCCCGCUCCGGGCGGCCGGCGAGCUGUGCGCCGGCUGCUCGGACGGCUUCUACCCGGUGCCGGUGGGCGCCGAGCGGCGCAUCUGCCAGCCCUGCCCGACGGCCGGCUGCCGGUCGUGCGGCGACGACGGCGUCUGUCGGGCCUGCGACACGGGCUUGCUGCUGCUGCGCGACACCGCCACCCACGGCCCCGGGGCCUGCGUGCCCAGCUGCCCGGCCGGCAGCCUGGGCCUCGGGGAGGAGUGCGUGCCGGAUGCCCUGCCCGGGGCCAGGCUCCACCUGCACCCGCUGACCCUUGUGCAGGGGGCUCGGAUCACCUCGGUCGGCAUGACGAGGGCCUUCCUCAAGGAUGGCCAGGUGUUCGUGUCGAAUGCCUCGCUGAGGGCCAGCCGCCCGGGCUCGGUGGCGAUCAUCAUCAACAAUGAGCGGCUGGCCUUUCUGGACACCGAGCAGCUGGCCACCGCGCCCGGCCAGGCGCUGACCUUCCGCCAGCCCAGCAGGUUCCCCAUGCUCCCCGAGGUGGAGCAAAUCCUCGAAAUGGGCCCCUUCAUCACCCGGCUCAAUGUGCGGCUGGAGUAUCUCCUCACCGGGUCCAUGAUCUCGCGUUUGGAGUUGACUUGCACCCUGGCCGGGGUCGGCCCGGAUGAUGGCUGUCCGCUGGAGGCCAUCUGGAUCGCCCUGCCGGACGGGUUGUGGCCCGGCGUGGAGCCGGCCCAGCGGCUGUCCCCCUCGCUGGUGGCCUACGACCAUGUGCUGGGGUCCUACGAGGCCGAUGGCACCAUGGUCCAAGUGGUGGAGCCCGCGACCAUGAUGUCACAGCGGCCGGUGGUGGCCAUGCACCGGGACCCGGUCACCGGCCGGCCGGUCGAGUGGCUCUAUCGCCCGGGGCCGGCCCCGCACCUGGCGGCCAAUCCCCUGGCCCUGGUCAAGAGGCUGGACCCCCGGUGCCGGUAUGCCGACAGCGUGCAUGGCGCCGGCGUGGCGGCCGGCGGCGGCGGCGGCGGCGGCGGCGGCGGCGGCGCGGCCGGCCCGGUGGCGCCCGGGACAUCCUGGAAGUCGGUGGCCCUGGAGACCGGGGCAUCGGCCAGCGGGGCCCCCCGGUCGCAGGACAUCGUCACCAUGGGCUUCGACCAGAUCCAGGACACGUAUUACUGGCUGGCCAAGCACUAUGCCGGGGGGGUGGACGCGCAGUCGCGCACCCGGGACAUCGUCGGCACCGGCCGGGUGUUGCACCCCCUGGCCGGGGUCACCUCGCGGCCGGACUUCCUGCUGCUGGGGCUGGACCUCGAGGGGUCGCCGCGGCCCGAGUACCCGAGCGCCCUGGCGUUCGUCACUUCAAGCCAUGUCGGGGUGGCGCUGCUGCACUGCCCGGCCCAUGGGGCCGCGUGUGCCCUGGGCCCGAGCCACGUGCUGAGCCUCGGGUCGGAGGGGUCCUUCGCCUGGGCGUCGAGGCUGUCCAUGGCCCAGGUCCCCGGGCCGGAGCGCCUGCCGGAUGGCCGCCCGGCCCUCGGGGCCCUGCUGGUGGUGGUGCGUGACACGACCUCCGCAUCGCGGAGCUUCCUGGUGCAGGUGGCCCCGGGCGAGUGCCCGCCGGGGACCUACGGCCCGGAGUGCCGGCCCUGCCACCCGGCCUGCCAAGCCUGCAACGGGCCGGACUCGCUCCAGUGCUCCUCGCCCCGGUGUGACUUCUUCCUGGCCGGGCGGCCGGACGCCUGCCUGGCCGGCUGCCCGGCCGGCCUGCAGCCCGCCAGCACCGGGGCCUGCGUCUGCCACGCGGGCUGUGUGUCCUGCCAUGGGCCGACGGCCGGCGGGCCGUUCGUGUGCGCCGGCUGCCAGCCGGGCAUGGCCCUGGACCCCGGCACCCGGACCCGGUGCCUGCCCUGCCAUGCCUCGUGUGCCGAGUGUGGGGCGCCGGACGAUCCGGGCGCCUGCUGGUCCUGCCCCCCCGACGCCGGGACCCUCCUCCGGCCGGAUGGGUCGUGCGGGCCCGGCUGCCCGGCCGGGGCCUGGCCCGACGUGGGGGCCCGCGUGUGCCGGCCCUGCCCGGCCGGCUGCGCCGAGUGCCUCGUCCCGGGGGCGUGCGAUGCCUGCCGGCCGGGGUUCCUCCUGUCGGCCAGCCUCCGGCUGUGCCUCCCCUGCGAGCCGCAGUGUGCCACCUGUGCCGGGGGCCUGGACGCCUGUCUGGCCUGCGCGCCGGGCAUGCACUGGGCGGAUGGCGCGCCGCCCGGCGGCCCGGGCCCGGGCCCGACCGGCGCCUGCGACGUCUGUCCGCGGGUCUGCGCCACAUGCGACGCCGAGGGCCGGUGCCUUUCCUGCCAGCCUGGGCGCCUGCUGGUCCCGGCCACCGGGGCCUGCCUCGCCGAGUGCCCGGUCGCCACGGCCCCGGACGCCUCUGGCCAGGUGUGCGGCCGCUGCCAUGCAUCCUGCUCGGCCUGCCUGGCCCCGGGGGACCCGGCGGCCUGCUCGGCCUGCCCGGCCCCGCAUGUGCUCCAUGUGUCGGGCGAGUGCCUGGACGCCUGUCCGGGGGGGUUCCGGCCGGAGGCCGGCCACUGCGUCCCCUGCAGCGCCGGGUGCGCGCUCUGCACGCUGGCCGGGGCCUGUGACCUGUGCGACCCGGGGCGCUACCAUGCCGGCGGCGAUGUGUGUGCCCCGUGCCCGAGCUCCUGCGCCGCGUGCGCCGAUGGGGCCGCCUGCACCGCCUGCCGGCCGGGGCUGGUCUUCCUGGACCCGGAACCGGGCGUGCCGUCCCUCUGCGGCAGCACCUGCGCCCCGGGCGAGUAUGUCGGGGCUGCCCGGUGCGCCGCGUGCGAUGGGUCGUGUGAGCUGUGCGCCGGCGGGCCGAACCGGUGCCAGGUGUGUGCGGCGGGCUUCCGCUGGGGCACGGCCCCGGGCCCCGGCGGCACCGGCACAUGCGUCGCCUGUGAGCCGGGGUGCGCCUCCUGCACGAGCACCGCAUGUCUGUCCUGCGCUCCCGGGUUCCUGCUCACGGCGGCCGGCGCAUGUGUCGGUGCCUGCCCGGCCGGGUCGUUCAGCAACGGCGAGUCGUGCCAGCCGUGCGACAUUAGUUGCGCCGCCUGCGCCGGUGGCAUGGGCAACCAGUGCACAGACUGUGCCGCCGGGCUGGAACUUGUCGAGGUCACCCCCGGUGUCGGCACCUGCGUGUCCGGCUGCCCGGAGGGCCAGUACCGCGCGGGCGUCGAGUGCCUGCCCUGCGACGCGGCCUGUGCCACGUGCAACGGCCCCACGGACAAGGACUGCUGGCGGUGUGCCUCCGGCGUCCUGCAGGGCGGCGACUGCCACUGCCUGUCAUGCGCCCCGGGCACGCCGCUCAUGCUGGACACCAGCUGCGUGGCCGCCUGCCCCGGCACGCACUUCGCCGCCGGCGGGGCCCUCUGCCUUCCCUGCAGCCCGUACUGCGGCCGGUGCUCCGGGCCGGGGCGCGACCAGUGCACGGCCUGCCCGGCGGACCGGGUGCUCGUGCCGGCCGGCGAAUGCCUGGGCGCCUGCCCGGCCGGGCAGUAUGCCCGGCAGCAGCCCGGCCACGAUGGCCCGGUCUGCCAGCCCUGCUCGGCAUCAUGCUGGCAGUGCAGCGGCCCGGGCCCCGGCCAAUGCACGGCCUGCAUGGGGGACAUGCUCCUGCAGGAUGGCCAGUGCGUGGCGGCCUGCGCCGGGGGGAGCUUCGCCUGCGGCCCGGCGGGCCGGUGCUUGCCCUGCCCGGCGGGCUGCGCCACGUGCCGGCACCUGGCCAGCCGGCCGGAUGGCUGUGUGGCUCAGUGCACCAGCUGCCAGGGGGCCCUGCUCCUGUCGCCGGUGGGGGGCACUUGCGGGGAGGCCUGCCCGCCGGGGGAGUUCCUCCCCCGGGGCGAGGCCGCCCAGGGGGGCGUCUGCCAGCCUUGCGCGCCGGCGUGCGCCGGCUGCCACGAGCGGGCGGAUCGUUGCACCAAGUGCGCCGGCCCCGGGCACUGGCUGCGCUCGGACACCGGGGCCUGUGUCGAGGCCUGCCCGCCGGCCGGGCUGGCCAUGUCGCCGGUGGAGCAGGUGUGCCUUGCCUGCGGGCAGGACUGCGAGCGGUGCGCCGCCGGGCCGGCCACCCCGGGGUGCACCCUGGCGCCGGAUGGCCGCCUGGAGUGCCCGACGCCGGCCGCCUGCCACGCGUGCGUCGCGGGGCUUUUCCUCCUGAACGGGGCCUCCUGCGUGGCGGACUGCCCGGCGGGCACCUUCGCCGAUCGGGCGGCCCUGGCGCCGGGCUGCGCCGCCUGCCACCCGGACUGCCCUGCCGGCACGUGCACCGGCCCGGAGCGGGUGGACUGCUCCGGGUCCGCCGGCGGCUCCCCCGGCCGGCGGGGCCUCGCCCUCGGCCUGGGCCUCGGCCUGGGGCUGCUGCUGCUGCUGCUGCUGGGCCUGGCCAUCUUCCUGAUGCUGCGCUUGCGCCGCGGCCCGAAGCCCCCGGCCGGCGGGGAGCCGGACGAGAACUCCACCGUGCUCAAUACGAUCGUCGAGAUCUCCCUCCCCGGGGCGAUCCUGGUCGAUGUGCUGCUGGAUUUCCAGCCGCUCGACGGCCCGGCCCUCGGGGCCGGUGCCCAGGCGUCGGUCUUCGCCGCCCGGCCCAUCGGCACCGGGCUGGCGGCGCGCCUCGGCUGCCCGGACACCGUGGCCAUCAAGCAGAUGAGGGUCGAUGCGGCGGAGCCGUGGCAGCUUGCGGCCUUCCAAAAUGAAAUCGCCCUCAUGUGGCUCCUCCGCGAGCACCCGGCCAUCGUCCGGCUGUACGGCUACAGCGACCAGCCGCCGGCCAUCAUCAUGCACCGGUACCAGACGGACCUGGCCACGCUGCUGCACUCGGACGUCCCCCUGGACCAGGCUACCAUCCUGGACAUCGCCCAGCAGUGGGCCUCCGGGCUGGAGGCCAUGCACGCGCAUGGGAUCGCCCACCGGGACCUGAAGCCGGCCAAUGUGUUUGCCAGCCUCCUGGACUCCGGGGCCUGGAGCGUGGCCCUCGGCGACCUGGGCACCUCGCAGAACCUGAGCACCGACCGGUCCUCGGCCCUGGUGGCCACGGCGCCGGAGCUGAAUGCCAUGACCGCGCGCUACGCCGCGCCCGAGGUCCUGGUGGCGUUCCAGCUCCACCGGCCGCUGGACCGGGAGCUCCUCCUGCCGGCGGACAUCUACAGCGCGGCCGUCAUGCUGUGGGAGUGCCUGGCUCGCGAGGUCCCCUGGAAGGUAUGGCAGGCUUGCGUGGCCGUCAUGCGGCCGGCGCACCGGGCCGCCGCAUUUCCCACCCUGGGCCUGGUGCUUUUGGCGCUCGUGCUGGCGCUCCUGCACUCGGGGGCUACCUCCUCCGAAAUCAUCCACUACCAGAUAGCCCCCGGGGGCGACCUCUGCCCCGGGUUGUCGAACCCCUCGGGCGCGGCCCUGCACCGGUUCGACCCGGGCCGGCCGACCCAGCUGGCCCGCGCGUACCCGGGCCAGUCGGUCAUCUGCACCCUGGAGCAGCAGACCCCCCCGGCCACCGGCAACGGCCGGGACUUCCGCACCGGGGCCCGAUUCCUGGACCACGACCAGGACCAGAACCUCGGCCUCCUGUCCACAUGCCGCGAGACCAGCAGCCUGGCCACCGACGAGUUGAUCGCCUUUCAAGGCGUGACCCCCAGCCCGGAAGGCCCCUGCCAUGUUGGCUUCGGCAACAACCGGAUGGCCAUCCUCUCACCAAGCGGCAGCAUUUAUGUCUGGUCCGGGACCAGCCUUCGGGUCUUCUUCCCCGGGGGCUCACCCUCCCUCGCCUUCAAGGACAUCACGCCGGUCCAGGCCAGCAUCUUGGAUGUGGCGGUCCUGCCGCUGGAUGCGCAAUCGCCGGAUGGCCUGGUUUUGCUUUUGUCCAAUGGCCAGGUCCGCAUUUAUCCCAAGGCGACUGCAGACGCGCUGGGCGGCUCGGCCUCCUUCCAGCUCACCCUGCCGUCUGGCAUGGGCCCGGACUUUUGCCUCAUCGCGCCCAUGCGCUCCGAGUUCCCGCAAGCCUCGCAAACCCGGCCCCCCUGGAUCCAUGUGGUGCACACCGUUGAGGGACAGCUCUUCCAGCUGAGCCUGGACUUCACCCAUCCCCAGGCGGUGGCACUGUCGGAGGUGGCCCUGCCGCCGAAUGCCGAGCAGGCCACAUCCCUCAGGCCCUUCCAGCUGCUCGACUCCCAGGGCCAAGCCAUCUGGGGCCUGGCCAAUCGCAAGCUCUACCUGCCGAGCAGCAUCUUCUCCCUGAACAACAGCGACCAGUCCAUCCGCUGCGACGACGCCACCUCCGAGGCCAAGCAUGAUGACGGAUACACCUGCCAGGACUCCCGCGAGAGGGCCCUCUUCGCCCGGGACCAGGCCCUCUGCUCGGCCUGUGCCCUGGGCCGCCGGUUUACGGACUCACGGCACGCCUGCUCCGCCUGCCCGGACCACUGUGACGUCUGCUCCGACACGACGUGCCUCGUGUGCGAAAGUGGCCUGCAUCUGGUCGUCCACCCCUCCACCGGGGACACCACCUGCGAGGAGGAAUGCGCCAACAUCGACCUCGCGGUCGAUGACUUGCCCCCCGAUGGCCGGUGCCUGCCCGCGGUGCCGGACUCCUCGCCCGAGACCGGCGACGACCCGCUUUUUCCAACCCUCGCCACCACCAGCAUGGGUUUGCAAUUUCCGAAUGGCCUUAGCGUGGUCUUCCGGUCGAGACUCUUCCCGGACAACAACCAAUGCCACCUCCGCCGGGACACCUCCACGCCAGGCGACCUGCUGGGCAUCACUCAACAGUCCAACUUGCUCAUCUCCAUCGUCCCCGGCCCCAAUGGGCCGACGUCGUUGACGACCACGCAGCUGCCGUGCCUGCCCAUUCUGCAGUUCACGAUCAUCGACGCGGUGGAGCUGGGCAUCGCCGGCGGCCCGGCCCUGGUGCUGAUGUGCAUGGCCAACGGCUCCACUUUGUCCAUGCGUUUCGCCUGCUCCGGGACGAGCGCCGGCGCCUCCGUCUGCCCGGUGGCCACGCCAGUGCCCUUCAACCUCAGCAUCUCCAAUUGUCGGUCCCUUCGCCGGUUGGCCGCGGACCUGGCCACGGUGCUGACGGACGACGGCACCGUGUACUUCCUGUCGCUGCCCGGGCCCAACUCGUCUCUGGAGGUCCGGCCGGCGGCCGGCCUGCCGGGGAUGCAUGGCCAUCCGACCUGGCUGCCGGGCGUGCCGGAGUCCAACACGCCGGGCCACACGCCGUGGCUGCUGUUCGGCCAGGAUGACCAGGCCCCCCACCCGGCCGGCACCCUGGCCGGGCAUGCCCACCCGCUGGAUCUCCUGCUGGCCGGGGACAGCCGCCUGCAAGUGGGCAUGGGCCAGCGGGCGCUGGCCCGGCCGGCCGACACGCUGGCCAACUUCGAGGCCCUGACCCUGGGCCCGGCCCCGGGCGAGGUGUUCCUGUCCGGGCUCCGGCUGGCGGACGGGCAGGUGGUCUGGCAGGCGGCCCACCUGCCGGCCGGGUCCCACUGGCAUGGCCGCAGCACGGGCAUUCCCAGCAACCUCGAGGCAUUGGGCACCCUCCCGGGGUCCAGUACGUCGGUCCCCAGCCACCGGGUCCUGCCGGUGGACCUGCCGGCCCCGGCCGAGCCGCCGAGCCUCGGCUACCGCGUCCCGGGGCUGCUGGUUCUCCGGACCGCCGGGCAUGUCGGCCUGUCGGCCCUCCUGUGCCACCCCUCCACCGGGGCCUGCUGGCUGCAGGCUGCCCGCUUCCUGCCGGCGCCGGAGUCCCUCCUGGACGGCCUUUCGGUGGCGGUCUUUGCGGCGCACGCCAGCGGCAUCGCCGGUGCCGGCAUGCUGGCCACGCCGCCGGACCCCGGCAUCCUUGUGGUCCAUGUGCUGCUGGCCUCCCCCGAUGAACAGUCCCAGCCCGUGAUGCUGUCCAUGGCCCUGGACCUCUGCCUGGAGGGGACCCAUGGGCCGGCCUGUGCGGCCUGCCAUCCGGCCUGCGCAUCCUGCACCGGCCCGGGCCUGGGGGACUGCACCAGCUGCACCUUUCGCCUGGCCGGGACCGCGAACGAUGGCCAGUCCUGCCUGGCCUCAUGCACCGGCGCCUCGGUCACUGGCUUCCACCGGGGCACCUGCGCGUGCCAUGACGAUUGCGAUGGCUGCGAGGUGCAACACCUGGGCCCGAGCACCGACCCCCUGCCGACGGUGGUCUGCACCGCAUGCCACGGGGCCAAGGUCCCCUCGGUCCCCCCUGCCAUCGGGGCGUCCGGCUGUCUGGAUUGCCACACGACGUGCGCCAAGUGCUCGGUGCCGGGAGAAGCGCUGGCCUGCACGGAAUGCUUCCCGGGCCAGGGCCUGCUCCACCAAAACGAGUGCCGGGCAACUUGCCCACCGGGCUUCCGGCCCGACGCCGCCAGCGCCGCAUGCAUCGCCUGCCAGCCGCGCUGCCUGGCAUGCGGCCAGGAUGACACCUGUACCGACUGCGUGGCGGGCUACUUCCCCCAGGGGCCAGCGUGCCAGCCCUGUGCCAGCUCCUGCGCCGCGUGCGCCGAUGGGGCCGCCUGCACCGCCUGCCAGCCGGGGCUGGUCUUCCUGGACCCGGACCCGGGCGUGCCGUCCCUCUGCGGCAGCACCUGCGCCCCGGGCGAGUAUGUCGGCGCCGGCCGGUGCGCCGCGUGCGAUGGGUCGUGUGAGCUGUGCGCCGGCGGGCCGGACCAGUGCCGGGUGUGCGCCGAGGGGUUCCGCUGGGCCGGGCCCGCCCCGGGCCCCGGCGGCACCGGCACAUGCGUCGCCUGUGAGCCGGGGUGCGCCUCCUGCACGGGCACCGCAUGUCUGUCCUGUGCUCCCGGGCUCCUGCUCACGGCGGCCGGCGCAUGUGUCAGUGCCUGCCCGGCCGGGUCGUUCAGCAACGGCGAGUCGUGCCAGCCGUGCGACAUUAGUUGCGCCGCCUGCGCCGGUGGCAUGGGCAACCAGUGCACAGACUGCCUGGGCUUCGACGAAAUCCGCGCGUGCGUGGCGGCCGGCACGCGCCCCGGGGACGGGCAGCCCGCGCCCGGCCCGGCCGCCAUGGCCGACCUGCUGACGAUGGCCUGGGACCCGGCCCCCGGGUCGCGCCCGCUGGCCGCCUCCUUCCGCCAGGCCGUCGCCUCGGCGGCCGUCUUCUCGGCCGCCGCUCGCCGCUGA